AUGACGUCCACCUGCACCAACAGCACGCGCGAGAGUAACAGCAGCCACACGUGCAUACCCCUCUCCAAAAUGCCCAUCAGCCUGGCUCACGGCAUCAUCCGCUCAACCGUGCUGGUUAUCUUCCUCGCUGCCUCUUUCGUCGGCAACAUAGUGCUGGCGCUAGUGUUGCAGCGCAAACCGCAGCUGCUGCAGGUGACCAACCGUUUUAUCUUUAACCUCCUCGUCACCGACCUGCUGCAGGUUUCGCUCGUGGCACCCUGGGUGGUGGCCACCUCUGUGCCUCUCUUCUGGCCCCUCAACAGCCACUUCUGCACGGCCCUGGUUAGCCUCACCCACCUGUUCGCCUUCGCCAGUGUCAACACCAUUGUCGUGGUGUCAGUGGAUCGCUACUUGUCCAUCAUCCACCCUCUCUCCUACCCGUCCAAGAUGACCCAGCGCCGUGGUUACUUGCUCCUCUAUGGCACCUGGAUUGUGGCCAUCCUGCAGAGCACUCCUCCACUCUACGGCUGGGGCCAGGCUGCCUUUGAUGAGCGCAAUGCCCUCUGCUCCAUGAUCUGGGGGGCCAGCCCCAGCUACACUAUUCUCAGCGUGGUGUCCUUCAUCGUCAUUCCACUGAUUGUCAUGAUUGCCUGCUACUCCGUGGUGUUCGGUGCAGCCCGGAGGCAGCAUGCUCUGCUGUACAAUGUCAAGAGACACAGCUUGGAAGUGCGAGUCAAGGACUGUGUAGAGAAUGAGGAUGAAGAGGGAGCAGAGAAGGAGGAGUUCCAGGAUGAGAGUGAGUUUCUCCGCCAGCAUGAAGGUGAGGUCAAGGCCAAAGAGGGCAGAAUGGAAGUCAAGGACGGCAGCCUGAAGGCCAAGGAAGGAAGCAAGGGGACCAGUGAGGGUAGUGCAGAGGCCAGGGACAGCAAGGAGGUCAGAGAGAGCAGCAUGGUGGCCAGCGAUGGCAGCGUGGAGGGUAAGGAAGGUGGCACCAAAGUUGAGAACAGCAUGAAGGCAGACAAGGGUGGCACAGAGGUCAACCAGUGCAGCAUUGACUUGGGUGAAGACGACAUGGAGUUUGGUGAAGACGACAUCAAUUUCAGUGAGGGUGAUGUCGAGGCAGUGAACAUCCCGGAGAGCCUCCCACCCAGUCGUCGUAACAGCAACAGCGACCCUCCUCUGCCCAGGUGCUACCAGUGCAAAGCUGCUAAAGUGAUCUUCAUCAUCAUUUUCUCCUAUGUGCUAUCCCUGGGGCCCUACUGCUUUUUGGCAGUCUUGGCUGUGUGGGUGGAUGUCGAAACCAAGGUACCCCAGUGGGUGAUCACCAUAAUCAUCUGGCUUUUCUUCCUGCAGUGCUGCAUCCACCCCUACAUCUAUGGCUACAUGCACAAGACCAUUAAGAAGGAAAUCCAGGAUAUGCUGAAGAAGUUCUUCUGCAAGGAAAAGCCCCCGAAAGAAGAUAGCCACCCAGACCUGCCCGGAACCGAAGCUGGCACACUGGGUGGUACUGAGGGCAAGAUUGUCCCUUCCUACGAUUCUGCUGCUUUUCCUUGAAGUUAGUUCUAAGGCAAACCUUGAACUGUCCGUAACACGAGAAAUAAGAGCAGAUUUCUUUUCAAUGGACCCACAAUCCAUUAAUGCCAAACCAUACCAUUUCAGGCAAAGGUGUUGCACACACAUGCUCUUCACCACGAGGUAGAUAAAUAUAUAGAAAAGGCAGGAACUGGGGUCUUUCCUUAAAAGGGUGGACUUGAGGAUUCUGACUGAAAUUUUCCCCCCAAAGAUUAUUAGGCUCUAAAUUUCUUAAAGCAACAAGGGCUAUCCAUUUUGGACCUGUACUUGGUAUUCUGUCUUUCCAGAGCUACAACAUGCCAACUUUAGCUCUGAAGGAAAGGGAAGAUGAUGCUUGUGAACUUAAGGACUUUUCGGCCCUUGGGUUGGGAGCUCAUGGGCCAGAGC